UAUUUUUACUUCCCUUGACGGCGGGAAGCUGAGAACUUUCUUAUUUUGAUGAGAGUAGAAUGGAGUAAAAUCUGUAAAUAACAAAAAAAAACAAAGACAAUGUCAGAAGAGAUAGCAGACAAGAUGCAAGAUGAAUCAGCAGCGUUGGAGGAUACUGUAAAAGUCAUUCCAGUAGUUGAUCAACCGCCUGAAAAACCUUUACCAAGUGUAAUAGACAUUACAGAUGCAGUUCUGACAGAGGUGUCACAAAAUAAAGUGACAGGUGCAUCAGAAAACACAAUGUCAGUUGAAAAUGUGAUAACCAACAAAAUAGAACAUCAAGUAAAGAUGUCUAACAGUGAAAUAUUCGAUAGAAAAAAUUUACCACAGAAAAGUUUAUCAGAUGUGAAUCAGGCACCCAGUCAAAUGUUAGCAAGGCUUGCUGUAGAGUUACAGAAACCGACAAGUUCUACGUUACAGGGAGCAUCAAGUGUAGCUGAAGUAGCGCAUAAUGCUUUUCUCGCCAGUCAGCCUGGACCACAUCCAAUUUUACAGCAGAUUCAAGACAUGUCUCAGAAAUAUGGUAAUCAAGAUGUUGUCUUAGUCAGUGACAAGGAGUUAUCUGCCCCUGUUGCUCCAGUUGAUGAAGAACUGGGUAGAUUGGCUCAAGAUGGUGUCAACGAAACCAUCAGUGCAGAAGUGUUUUCUGGAUAUCGACAUAGAGAAAUACUGCAAGGGUGCAAACCCCACCCGGGAGACAUUGUGGAGGCAGGACCUUUAGCUGCAAUUACGCCACCUGAUACCUACUACCCGCUGGACCAGUCGUUACCAAGGGAGGUAAUUGUAGAGGGCAAACUGAGCAGUCUCCAACUUGAGGGAGUUAUACAGGCUUGUCAGAGGCAUCAAAUGAUAUUGCCUAAUGGUCAGAGAGCUGGAUUUUUCAUCGGGGAUGCUGCUGGUGUAGGCAAAGGCAGACAGAUUGCCGGCGUAAUUCUUGACAACUUCGCUCGAGGAAGAACAAAGAGUAUUUGGUUCACAAUAUCAGCUGACCUUAUUGUUGAUACUAGAAGAGAUCUGAAUGACCUUGGUUGUUACAUUAAGGUGAUAGAUGGAUGUCAGGAACUGGAUAAACAUACAAGGGUAUUGGGCCUACCGGCUGAUUUCAGAGAAGGUGUGGUAUUUAGUACUUAUGCCACUCUUGUUUCAACUGUACAAAGUAGAGGAGCAUUCAGUUCAGGGAGACAGAGUCGCCUGCAGCAGUUGGUGGAUUGGUGUGGUGGUGAGGAGUUUGAUGGUUGCCUCGUGUUUGAUGAAUGUCAUAAAGCUAAAAACUUUGUUCCAGGAAAAGAGCAAGCAAGUACCAAGAUUGCACUGUCUGUUACCAGUAUACAGAGAAUGUUGCCAAAAGCUCGAGUAUUGUACUGCAGUGCUACAGGAGUGACAGAUGUAAAGAACAUGGCUUUUAUGGAAAGACUUGGUCUCUGGGGUGAAGGAGCUCCGUACAAGAAUUUUGAGCAGUUUCUUGUCUCUGUGCAGAAGAAAGGUUUAGGUAUGGCUGAGAUGUUGGCAAUGGAGAUGAAAUCAGCUGGAAUGUACGUGUCGAGAGGUCUAAGUUACAAGCAAGCUGAGUUUCUCACAAUAGAAGCUACACUGACGAAGGAGCAGGUGAAGAUGUAUGACACAGCAGUACAUGUCUGGAAUGAGUUGCGUAAAGCCCUGGAGUCAGCCAUCGGAAGGACAACCAACAACUACACAAGGCUGUGGGCCCAGUUCUGGUCCUGUCACCAGAGAUUUUUCAAGCAACUCUGUUUAGGUAUGAAGGUACCAACCAUAGUGAAAGAAGCGAAGGAGGCUAUCAAUGAUGGAUGUUGUAUUGUAAUAGGCCUUCAAACAACAGGAGAGGCAUCCCUUGAAAGUGAGCUGGACAAGUCUAGUGGAAGUGUGACAGGUUUCUUGUCCUUGUGUCGAGAAAUGUUAACACGCUUUGUUGAACAGUACUUCCCAACUCGAGUUGAUGCAGUAAAAGAAGGUGAAAUAAAAGAAGAUCCUUGGAGUGUGACAGCAAAGAAAAUGCUCCUGGAUUUUGCAAAGAAAAUUCCUCUACCUGACAGUCCAUUAGAUGAAAUCAUUGAUAAGCUUGGGGGUCCCAGGAAUGUGGCAGAGAUGACAGGGCGGAGGGGAAGAAUUGUGAGACCGUCAUCGACAGAGGCGCCAAGAUACGAGACCAGGACUGCAGAUAGUGAUGCUUAUGGUGCAAUAGAUAGUCUAAAUGUUCAGGAGAGAAACCUGUUUAUGGAAGGGAAGAAGCUUGUUGCUAUUAUAUCUGAUGCUGCUAGUACAGGAAUCUCUCUACAUGCUGAUCAGAGAGUUACUAACCAGAGAAGACGCGUUCACCUAACUGUAGAACUUCCAUGGAGUGCUGACAAGGCUGUACAACAGUUAGGCAGAUCACACAGGUCAAACCAGUCUAGCGGACCAUUGUACAAGCUUCUUACAACAGAUCUAGGUGGAGAGAGAAGAUUUGCAGCAGCAGUUGCAAGGCGGCUACAGUCUUUAGGUGCACUGACAAAAGGUGAUCGGCGAGCAGCCACUGGAGCAGAUUUGACAGAGUUUAACUUUGAUACACCGUAUGGUCGUAAUGCACUCAGGACUAUGUACAAUCAUAUCUGCCAUAAAAAGAUGGUACCUGGAUUGUCCUUGACAGUUCUGACACAGGGCAAAUAUGAUUUUGAAAUGUUCAACAGACAUAUGCAGGUGAGCCUGGUGUUGAUGGGACUAGUGGAUAUUGACAUGUUGAGAUCAGGGCCUGUAUUGAAGGAGAAAGAUACUGGAGAUGUCAGCAAAUUCCUCAACAGAAUUCUCGGACUGAGUGUAGAAAAACAGAACAUGAUAUUCACAUAUUUUACAGAGUGUAUGAAACUUGGUAUACAAAAUGCAAAGAAAGAAGGAAGGUAUAAUGAAGGAAUGCUGGACAUCACAGCAUCUUCUGUAGAGAUGGUUGGCAAACCGAAGGAAAUCUUCAAGGAGUACAACAAAGGCCAUACAUCCACUAGACUUGUAGAGUUAAACAUUGACAGAGGUAUGAGCUGGGAACAAGCUGUAGCAAGAGCAGACAACCACAGCCAGAAACAAGAUGGGUUUUAUAUCUCAAAGAGAGAUGUAUGGGGAAAGAAACUAUUCAUUCUAGCAACACAGAAGGAGAAUUCAUCUCACCUCUUCAGAAUUGCUAGACCUAACACUGGGUUAUCAUACUUUGAAGAGGAGAAAACAGAUUUGAUGCAGAGAUACUCUCGAAUAGAUCGAGCUGAUGCAGAGAAAGGCUGGAAAGAACUGUAUGAAAUAACGAAGACAAGUUGUGUUCAUGGUUCUCACUGUAAGAAUAGAGACUUCUGUAAAGUUGGAAGCAGAUGUUACAGUCUACAUCUGCUGUGUGGAAGUAUUGUAACCUUCAUGAAUAUUCUUGAAACUACCCUGAAUAGGAAUGCUACAAAGUUAAAUCUCAGUAAAUCAGAAUCGUCGAUAAGAGUUGUACGUGUGAAGUUGAAUGACGGUGAACGUGUUGUAGGGAUACGAUUCCCACAGCUCCUCAUUCCAGAGGUGGAGACGGCAUUAAAGGAACAGAGAUUUAUUGAGAAAGUUCAGCAAUCUCAACCACAAAUGUCCCAGUACUUGGCAUCAAGUCAAGGAGCUUAUAAUGGACUCUCCCAAACAUUCCUGAUGUCACAGAUUAUGAAUGGACAACCUCCUGGUGCAAGUGGACUCUUCCAAGGAAGUCAGUUAUCUCAGCAACCAAAUAGUACCCCUUCGUCACAAAAUGGACUAUCUCAGUCUUCAGGAGGACUGACCCAGUUACUGAAUAACCCUUCUGAAAAUUUGGACCAAUCCACUUCAUCAGAAGAAACUACUGUGCCAAAUGGAUCAAACUCAGAUACUCUGAAGACCGUAGUGCAGGAAGUUGCACCAGUGAAGUCUAAAUGUUUAACAAAGGCUCUGACACCUCCAGUAACUAUAAAAAACUUUUUCAAGCCAUCUGUUAAGUCCAAAGACCUAGUUGACCAAAAGGCUGCUAAUGAUGAAAUGGAGUCACAGAAAGGGACUUCAAGUAAAAGAAAGAAAUGUAAAGAAAUUAGUUAUGAAGCAUUUCUGAAAAGUUCAGAAUCUGGAGAAGGGAGUGGUACUAGUGAUCAGAAGAACAAGAUUGAUGAAAAACAAGUAGAUGAAAAAGACGUUGCUAACAAAGGUUCUGUUGCAUUAAUAGACUUGGACAGUAAUUCAAGUACAAGCUCCAAGUCUGAGUCAAAUGAUAAAGUUUCUUCAUAUUUCAACAAUAUUUCUUCAAAGAAAAGACGUUUGGAUGAUAAAGCAAGUUCUCAGCCUAACAAAAGACCAAAACAGGCCACACUGUUUUCAACAUUGAAGAAAAUGGCAACAAAAAAGGAAGAGGAAGAAAACAAAUUAGCGACUUGCCCAAUCUGUAACAAAGUUUUUGGAAAGGGUAUUUCAAAUAUGGAUUUGAAUUCACAUAUAGAUAACUGUAUUAUAGAGUAAUUUGGAUUUAAUAUUAGACAGAAGUGCAAUGCAGUAUUAGACUGGUCUAUAGCAGAGUCUAUAGGAAGAUAUUUCAACUGUGGAUCUGAGUUUGUGUAUAGAAAACUGUAUUAUAGAGUAAUUAGACUGUGAUACAGGUUGUGAUGUUAACUUUACUUCUGUAGAACUUAGAUGAUCAAAGAUAUUGCAAAAAAUGAGAACAGUAAUACAGAUA